AUGCCAGUUAUUGUAAAGUACACUUCACAGGAAUCACCCCACGCUCGGGAGAUUGUUCCUGGAAAGUGUUUACCUCGUCCGUUCGAGUUUGCUCCGCUUCGAAAGCUUCACAUCGUUGUUGCGGGCGUGUAUUUUGUCUUCAACAGCUCACUCGGAUCCUCUAUCGCAUCUGGAGCUCACGAUGGGAUCGCUGAUGAGUUUCACAUCCCUAAAGAGAGCAUCCGAAUGGUUCUUCCAACGUCACUUUACAUGGCCGGCUUUGCGAUAGGUCCUGUUCUAUUUGGUCCCUUGAGUGAAUAUUUUGGCCGAAAGCCUGUUCUUGUGAUUACCAUUGCCAUCUAUCUAAUCUUCACCAUGGCAUGCGCAGUGUCGCCGACAUUUCCAGCGCUUCUUGCAUUUCAAUUUUUUUGCGGACUAGGAGGCUCAGCACCAAAUGCGAUAUUAGGUGGUCUAUUCUCCGACAUAUACGAUGAUCCGCAUCAGCGUGGAUUAGCGAUGUCAUGGUUCAUGUUUGCCACAACGUUCCCACCCCUUCUAGGACCGAUUAUCUCAGGAUUCAUAUCUGAAAUCACUUGGAGGUGGACCUUCUGGGCCGGUCUUAUCAUUGGCGCUCCUGGUUUUCCUCUCCUACUUACCAUGCCUGAGACAUACGUACCAGUUUUGCGUCAGAGGCAUGAAAAGUCUCAUAAUGAGAAACAGACUACAGAAAAGAGUUUGUCAGGACGUUGUUCAGGAACAAGGGGUUUCUCUAAUGAGAUGAGCACUAUCCUCAGUCGCCCAUUCCUCAUGUUCAUACGAGAACCGAUUGUUUUCUGUUGUUCGCUGUACCUCGCGCUCAUUUAUUCGAUUUUAUACCUGUAUUUCCAGGCAUAUCCCAUCAUUUUCCACGGUUUAUAUGGCCUCUCUGCUGGUGUGGUCGGGCUAGCCUUUCUUCCAAUUCUGCCAGGGUCGAUUAUUGCCUUCAUCAUUGUUUUUAUGUACAGCUCAUACUACAGCAAAGCCUUGAGAGCGGAACUGAGUUGGGCCAAACUGGAGGAGUAUCGCCGUCUCCCGCUUGCCUGUAUUGGAGCUCCCGGAAUUCCUAUAGCACUUUUCUGGCUUGGAUGGUCUGCAAAGCUCUCCAUGCAUCCAGUGAUGCCAAUGAUGUCAGGGAUUUUCUUCGGAUUCGGCUACCUGUUAAUAUUCGUUGCGCUCCUCAAUUAUCUCACCGAUGCGUACAAGCAAUUCUCAGCCUCAGCCUCUGCAGCAACAAGUACAUUGCGAUCUAUUUUUGCUGUUUUUCUCCCUUUGGCUACCACCCCUAUGUAUAACAAAUUGGGCAUUAACUGGGCGAGCUCGCUGCUCGGUUUAUUCUCACUAGCUAUGGCCAUAGUUCCGUUUGUCUUCAUCAGGAACGGCGUCUGGAUACGUGCCAAUAGCAAGUUCGUACAGAAGGCUCAAUAG